AAACGUGGUGGGCAUCCCUGCAAUCCCAAAGUUCGGAUACUAGUAGUACUAGAAAAGUGGGUGAAGGAAGUUGACUCCACAUUUGUGCUGUUACAUCCUACCUUUCUUUCUCUUCCCUAAAAAUGGAGACAGUUGAUUACACUCGGGAAUUUGUCAAGAACGUGAAACGAGUGAUUGUCAAGGUUGGGACUGCAGUUGUGACUCGAGCUGAUGGAAGAUUAGCACUUGGAAGAUUAGGAGCGCUCUGUGAACAGAUUCAGGAGCUUAAUUCGCAAGGGUAUGAAGUUAUUUUGGUGACUUCAGGUGCUGUAGGUGUUGGUCGUCAGCGGCUUAGAUAUAGGAAGUUGCUGAACAGCAGUUUUCUUGAUCUUCAAAAGCCCCAAACUGAGCUUGAUGGCAAGGCUUGUGCUGCUGUAGGCCAGAAUGGCCUCAUGGCUCUGUAUGAUUCUUUGUUCAGUCAGUUGGAUGUGACAUCAGCUCAGCUUCUGGUGACUGAUAAUGACUUUAGAGAUCCAGAUUUUAGGAGACAACUCAAUGACACAGUAAAUUCGUUGCUUUCUCUAAAAGUUAUACCUAUAUUCAAUGAGAAUGAUGCUAUCAGUACGCGGAGAGCUCCUUAUGAGGACUCUUCUGGAAUAUUUUGGGAUAAUGACAGUUUGGCAGCUCUUCUAGCUUUGGAAUUAAAAGCUGAUCUUCUAGUUCUGUUGAGUGAUGUAGAGGGUCUUUACAGUGGCCCUCCCCGUGAUCCAGAUUCAAAGUUAAUUCACACAUACAUUAAGGAGAGACAUGAGAGAGUUAUUACUUUUGGAGACAAGUCCAGGGUGGGAAGAGGGGGCAUGACUGCCAAAGUAAAAGCUGCUAUAUAUGCUGCUUAUGCUGACAUUCCUGUUGUCAUAACCAGGCUACCGCAAGAAGAAACUAACCUGCAAAAGACACAUAAGAAGAAACAAAAGGAGAAAAGUGGCUUUGCUGUUGAUAACAUCAUUAAAGUGCUGCAUGGGGAACGUAUCGGCACCCUCUUUCAUUGUGAUGCCAAUAAAUGGGCCUCAAUUGGAGAGAUUGAUGCUCGUGAGAUGGCAGUUGCUGCAAGGGAAUGUUCCAGACGGCUUCAGGCACUUUCUUCGCAAGAAAGGAGUAAAAUAUUGCAGGAUAUAGCUGAUGCAUUGGAAGCAAAUGAAAAGGCAAUCCUCGCUGAGAAUGAAGCUGAUGUUGUUGCUGCUCAACAGGCCGGGUAUGAGAAGUCUCUGAUAUCUCGGCUGGCUUUAAAGCAAGGAAAAAUUUCCAAUCUUGCAAACUCAGUUCGUGUGCUUGCUAACAUGGAUGAGCCCCUUGGUCGCAUUUUGAAAAGAACGGAGGUCGCUAAUGGAUUCAUCUUGGAGAAAUCAUCAGCUCCAUUAGGCGUUCUAUUGAUUAUUUUUGAGUCACGACCCGAUGCACUUGUACAGAUAGCUUCUUUAGCAGUUCGAAGUGGGAAUGGCCUCUUGUUGAAAGGAGGAAAGGAGUCCAAAAGAUCAAACGCCAUCUUACACAAGGUGAUUACCUCGGCCAUUCCUGUAACUGUAGGUGAAAGGCUUAUUGGACUAGUGACUUCUAGAGAAGAGAUCCCUGAAUUGCUUAAGCAUGACGAUGUGAUUGAUCUUGUUAUCCCAAGAGGUAGCAAUAAACUUGUUUCUCAAAUCAAGGCAUCAACAAAAAUUCCUGUUCUAGGCCAUGCUGAUGGAAUUUGCCAUGUUUAUGUUGACAAGUCUGCUGACAUGGAUAUGGCAAAGCGCAUUAUUGUGGAUGCAAAAACCGAUUAUCCUGCAGCCUGUAAUGCAAUGGAAACACUUCUUGUGCAUAAGGAUUUCACACAAAAUGGAGGUCUUAAUGACCUGAUUGUGGAACUUCAAACAAAAGGGGUUUCUUUGUUUGGUGGACCCAAAGCAUGCUCCCUGCUCAAGAUUCCAGAGGCACGUGCAUUUCAUCACGAAUAUAGUUCACUAGCUUGCACUGUGGAAGUGGUUGAAGAUGUAUAUGCUGCGAUAGAUCAUAUACAUCAGCAUGGAAGUGCCCACACUGAUAGCAUCAUUACCGAAGAUCAGGAAGUUGCUGAAGUGUUUUUACGUCAGGUUGACAGUGCUGCUGUAUUUCACAAUGCAAGCACAAGAUUUAGUGAUGGGUUCCGCUUUGGACUUGGUGCAGAGGUGGGCAUUAGUACUGGUCGUAUUCAUGCUCGUGGCCCAGUUGGAGUUGAAGGAUUGCUAACAACUAAAUGGCUUGCAAGGGGAUCUGGACAAAUUGUUGACGGUGAUAAAGCAAUUGUCUACAUCCACAAAGACCUUACUCAGCAGACGUGAGACUGGAAGCUGAUUGUCCAGUUGUGUAUUUAGGAAGAUCUUGUGUCGUGCUAUUGGAUGUGGGUAAAGCAGGUUUGGUGCUUACCAUAGAUUUUCUGUAUGUUCCAGCCAUGGAGACUGACUUGUGAUCAUUUGCAUACACAGGUCAAAAACUCUUAAUAUUAUUCUGUAUUAACAAAGUUCCGUUGUUGCAUAGGCUCUUACUUGCAGCCUAAUUUGUCUGGCAAAGGUUUCCAAUCAUAAUAAAAUUGAAAUGUGUAUUCCAAAUAAAAGAAAAAAAGUUACAUUAAUAUUUUCCUUAUAAAGGUAAUGGCCGGGGCAACUUGCCUACACCUCAA